AUGAAUCGACCAAAUUUGUUAGACCUAAGCUCAAGUAUACCCCCUCAUUAUAAAAAGCUCAAUAUCUUAUGUUUUUCUUCCGAGCCUAUUUCACUCGAGCAAUUAAGCCUAUGGGGUGUCUCAAAAUCUAGUGUUUAUGACCAACUAACUUGGGUUAAUCGGCUUAAAGCUCACUACAGAGGUUAUCUUAAUCGCUUAAUGGAGAAGGACCUACACUUAAGAUGGGUCAUUAGGGAGAGAUAUAGAUACAUUUUGAUACUGCAUAAAAAUGUUGAGAAUUUACAGAGAAGGGGAGAAUUUGAGCAAGGAGGGAAAGAUCUUGGCUACUAUUACAACUAUAAUUCAUAUCAACAACGGUUUUCGCAGUUCCCGACUACUCAUGACAUCUGGACAUAUUUGAGAGAGAAAUACGAUGGUAUUAGUGUGACUAGAUUGAGGCAGCUAACUAUUAAAUUUGACGCUUGCAAGAAACUUUCUAAUCACAAUAUCACACAACAUGUGAGGAUCAUGUCUACUGCUUUAAUCCACUCUCUUCCUGAUAAUUGGGAACAUCUGAAAGACAAUUUGACUUAUAAUGAUAGUAUCAAAACAUUUGCUGAUGCUGCCCGCCAUGUAGAACUAGAAGAUGAGCGCCUUGGUGCAACUAAAUCUCUAGGACAAGCUUUUGUGGCUGAAUCCAGUUCUGGGAAAGCUUCAGGCUUUAAGCGUAAGAAGAACUACACUGUUAUGCUAACCGAAUCUUAUCCUAUGUGCAUUGUAGACUCAGGAGCGACACACCAUGGUGAAACUCUUGAAGUAAAAGUCAACAAGCUUACAUCAACAAAAACACAAUUACCAUAUGACUACUAUUUCCUCAGUUAUUGCAAGCCUCCAAAGAUAAGGAACAGUGCAGAAAAUUUAGGAGAAGUUCUUAGAGGUGACCGAAUUGAGAAUUCUGUAUAUACUUUUAAUAUGAGAGAACAGCAAUCUUGCAAAGUUGCCUGUCGAGCAAAACUCGACUAUGCAUCUGCAAAGAAUUUCAAAGUAAAGAUUGAUGAUGAUUAUCGAGUAAACAUGAUUCUGGACAAUCUUCCUGUUGCAGUUCUCUGGCCGAGUAGGGAUGAAAAGCCAGCAGUUUAUGAGCGUGGAUUUCGAGUUGGAUUCAAAGAUGAACUUUUUGGUAUGAAAGAUCAGAGAUAUUUUAUUUAUAACCAUCUCAACUUCAAAGUUAAGUAUCACAAGGAUCCUGAUACUGAUUCUGCUCUCGUUGUUGGUUUUGAGGUCAUUCCUUUGAGCAUUAGUCACAAGUAUUCGAUAUGGAAUGACAACAACACUCGGUUAAAAACAUGCAAACCAGGUACCAAUACUGUACAACAACCUGGCAUUGUUCCUCAAGAGAUUGAAUCUGGCACGGAGAUUGUUUUCACGUAUGAUGUUUCUUUUGAGUCUAGUGACAUCAAAUGGGCUUCUCGUUGGGAUACAUACCUUCUCAUGAGUGAUAAUCAGAUCCAUUGGUUCUCCAUUAUUAAUUCUUUGAUAAUUGUCCUUUUCCUAUCUGGCAUGGUAGCUAUGAUCAUGAUGAAAACACUAUACAGAGACAUUGCCAACUAUAAUCAGUUGGACCAGGAUGAGGUGCACGAAGAAACCGGGUGGAAGUUAGUACAUGCAGAUGUCUUCAGACUACCUAAUAAUUACAGCUUAUUGUGCGUGUACGUUGGGACUGGAGUCCAAGUCUUUGGAAUGACUUUUGUGACUAUAGCUUUUGCACUGCUUGGUUUCCUUUCACCCUCAAAUCGAGGUGGGCUCAUGACAGUCAUGGUUUUCUUAUGGGUUUUCAUGGGAUUACUUGCUGGUUAUUCCUCGGGUCAUCUCCACAAAAUGCUCAAAGGCACAGACUGGAAAAAGACCUCUCUGAAGAUGGCCUUCAUGUUCCCGUCUGUUCUUUUCACCACCUUCUUCAUAUUGAAUGCUCUUAUAUGGGGAGAGAAAUCCUCAGGAGCUGUUCCAUUCGGAACAAUGCUUGUAAUCGUGCUCUUAUGGUUUGGCAUAUCAGUACCAUUAGUUUUCUUAGGUAGUUAUUUGGGUUUCAAAACCCCCGUGAAAGAGAACCCUGUCAAGACAAAUAAAAUUCCUAGGCCGAUCCCUUUGCAGCCAUGGUACAUUAAUCCACUUUUUGCCAUGCUAUUUGGUGGGAUUCUUCCAUUUGCUGCAGUCUUCAUAGAACUCUUCUUCAUAUUGACGUCAGUAUGGCUGAACCAAUUUUACUACAUCUUCGGCUUCCUCUUCAUCGUCUUUGUCAUUCUUUUGAUCACUUGUGCUGAGAUAAGUAUUGUACUAUGCUACUUUCAGUUGUGCAAUGAAGAUUAUCGGUGGUGGUGGCGAUCCUACUUGACUUCAGGUGCUUCUGCUCUAUAUCUUUUCCUCUACUGUAUCUUCUACUUUUGCGUUAAGCUGGAAAUCACAAAGCUCGUCUCAGCCAUUCUCUACUUUGGUUAUAUGUUUAUAAUCUCUUAUGCCUUCUUCAUACUUACUGGGACAAUUGGCUUUUGUGCAUGCUUCUGGUUCGUUCAGAAGAUUUACUCUUCUGUCAAGAUCGACUAGUUAGUCGAGGAAUACUUUCAGCAUUUAGUAAGUGUAAACACAGAAGUCUAGAGGGGUAUUAGAAGAACGAUGCCCUCAGUUUGUAAGAUUACAAAAUUUGAAUAGAUAAAAGUUUACUUUUAUGUCUCA